AUGGUACCAGGCAAAGCGAACGAUUCGAAGCCAAAAAUCAACCAAAAGACCAACCAAGCAACCAAAAUUGGCACGGGUGAAGCCCACCAAAGCUUUAGUUUCAGACAAAACCGAGUUUUUGGUACCACUAGGAGCACAAACAUUAUCCAAGGGAGACCCGUGUGGGACAAGUCUAUUACCAAAACAAAAAUUGUUGUUGCACAGAGGAAACCCAAAUCCAUUAGCACAACUCAAGCUCCCAUUGACACACAUGAUAAAACAUCCACAGAAAAUGUCAAUCUCGGAUUGAAGAAAAGUGUCGCAUUCCCACAACAACUUGCGGAAAAAACAACAAAGAACAGUUCCCAAGAGAAGGUUUCUGCUUCUGUGCCAAAAACUCCAGUAGCAUCAUCGUUCCGUGUUAGAAGCAAGUCAUCCACACCAUUCUACUCUGCUUUGAAUUGUAGCAAAUGUCAUUUUGAUAGGCUUGAGACAUCUUCUUAUUGGGUUGGCCAAAUCAAAAUGGCUGAGUCUGUGGGCAAGCAUUUUGUUGCCUCUGAAUUCUUUAGGCUUGCUUUGGAAUCUCAUGCUGAGCCAAUUAGGAACCUUGGGAUCGAGCUUAAGAGGUAUUUGUUAAGGCAUGGGUACCUAUCGGAGCAGAAGGAAUGGAGAGAAGUUGCUGCUAGGUAUGGGCUACACUAGUGGAAUGGACUCAACCACUGAUCAAUCUCAAAAUGUCUUGGCUUCAGUUGGCUCUAGUUUAUAGAUUCUUUUUAUCUAGUUCCAUUGUCUAUAUAUAAUUUAUACAAUAAUAAAGAUUACAUUUCAUUUUGGUAUACACAUUUAGUUUACUUAUUUUAUUUUAAUGAUCAAACAACAUGUAACUGUAUAUUCUCCCAUUUUCUUUUCAGUCUCUACCCUCUUUCGGAGAUAGACACAUUAUCUGUCGAUUCACUGAC